AUGCAGUCCCAGAAGGAUUUAGACGCUCCUUCUGCUAGUGCCCCUAGACUCCCUGAGCCCAUAGUGGUAGUCAAACCACCUACUCAGGCUGCCCUGGAGGAUGCAUCACAGGAGCAAAUGAACUCUGAGGAGUUUCAGUCACUACUGGACGCUACAAUUGCGAAGUCAGUGUCAGAAGCCAUCUUUACGGCCAUGGGGACCAUGACAGAUAACCUGUCAGAGUCCAUCACACGUGCCUUAUUGUCCUACCCUAAGUGCUCCAUACCCCCGGAGAGUAAGCCAAUAGCCCCUAGUGGGCGUAAAUCCGCUAUAAAAUAUCCCAUCGCAUAG